AUGACCUCAGACUUCUGCCUGCACUGACUGUUCUUGAUUCAUAACAAACUGAAAAUGCUACCUGAAGAACUUACAAAAUUAAGAAACCUGAAGGGCCUGUUUCUGCAGUACAAUGAACUUACUUGUGUCCCUGAAGGAUUUGGAGACUUGGACAAAUUAGAGGAUUUAGAUCUUUCCAACAACCGCCUUACAACUGUUCCCGGUAGCUUUUCUUCUCUCACUAACCUGAUGAAACUCAACCUUGCCAGUAACCAGAUGAAGGACUUGCCAGCAGAAAUCACCAGGAUGAAAAGAUUAAAGCAUUUGGAUUGUACUUCAAAUUACCUGGAAACUAUCCCUUCUGAAUUAGCUAGCAUGGAAUCACUAGAACUGCUUUAUUUACGGAGGAAUAAACUGCGUUUUCUACCUGAAUUUCCUUCUUGUAUGUUAUUGAAGGAAUUGCAUAUUGGUGAGAAUCAAAUUGAAGAAAUCAGGGCAGGACACCUUAAACAUCUUAAAUCAGUCCAUGUGCUAGACCUAAGAGAUAACAAGUUAAAAUCGAUUCCUGACGAAAUUACCCUACUUGAGGCCUUGGAAAGACUUGAUCUAACUAACAAUGAUCUCAGUAGUUUGCCCCAUAUAUUAGGAACCCUUCCUCGUCUGCAAUUCUUGGCAUUAGAAGGAAACCCUUUAAGAACUAUUCGUCGAGAACUCCUAAAUAAAGGAACCCAAGAAGUUCUCAAGUAUCUAAGAAGCAAAAUUAAAGAUGAUACGCCAAACCAAAAUGACUCACCCAUUGAGACAGCCAUGACCCUGCCCAGUCAGUCCAAGGUCAAUACACAUGCCAUGACUACACUGAAGCUGUUGGACUAUAGUGACAAACAGGCCACACUGAUUCCCAAUGAAGUGUUUGAUGCUGUAGGAAGCAACACUAUCACCUCCAUAAACUUCACUAAGAAUCAUCUAAAUGAAGUUCCCCAAAGGAUUGUGGAACUGAAGGCGACUGUGUGUGAUGUCAAUCUUAGCUUUAACAAGCUUUCCUGUAUUUCAGCAGAAUUGUGUGCUCUUCACAAGUUGACACACUUGGACAUCAGAAAUAAUCUUUUGACCUCUUUGCCUGAAGAGAUGGAAGCCUUGAGCAGGCUGCAGACUAUAAAUCUUUCCUUCAAUAGGUUGAAGGCGUUCCCUGCCGUCCUCUAUCGGCUGCGGACUCUGGAGACGCUGCUCCUGGGCAACAACCAGCUCGGCUCCGUGGACCCCCUGCGGCUGCAGCAGAUGGGCCGGCUGGCCACUCUGGACCUCCAGAACAACGACCUCCUGCAUGUCCCCCCUGAGCUGGGCAACUGUGUGAGUCUGAGGACCCUCGUGCUGGAGGGGAAUCCAUUCCGCACGCCUCGUGCGGCCAUUUUAGCCAAAGGAACAGACGCCGUCCUGGAGUAUUUAAGGGGCCGAAUUCCUGCUUAAUCGGGAUUUUGGAGUCCUCGGCCAGCUGAUGGAUUUGCAUGCUUCCAAGAGCUGGCGGGUUCGGCCUUGUCUGAGGCUGCUGAGCCCUCCGCACCGAGGCCGAGUCAGACAUCGUCUGUCGUGUCCGUCACGUUGCUGGGAUUUCUCUGGGCGGGAAACCCCUGGCUUACGGCCUUGUCCCUAACCGCUGUUUUUACAUGGAAAAGAUGUGAACGACUCCAUAGUGACUAUUAUCCUCCUCUCGGGGGUCCGCACCACCCCGAGGCGUUUUCUCCUUUUUUUCAAAGGGUUUUGCCAUUUUAAAACACAACAGAGGUUUCUCUAACUGAAAUGUCAUUCCUAUUUAAGGGCUUUUUGGUUUUCUAACGACAAAGCAUUUUUGUGAAAGAGUGAUGGAGUGCUUUUUCUUUUUACAGUUUUGUUUCAUUUUUUACGUGUGCAUGUGAUCGACUAUGUAAAGAAACCUGUUUGGACCACCGUA